AAAUGUUGUGAAGGAAAAGAAAGACGUAGGAGAUAUUUUGCAUAAACUGACUGCAAGCAUACUCACUUUAACACCAAUAGUAAAUCAAAAAUAAAUGAAAAGCAUUCGGAGAUGCAGGAAUCCGAGUUCGACUGGUCUCAGGGCAAGCGGGGCAGCUUCUCGUGGCUGGAUUACGUGGUGUUCGGAGGGAUGCUGGUGCUCUCCCUCGCCAUCGGCAUUUUCUACGCCGUCAGGAGCCGCAAGAAGGCCAACGACGAGUUCCUCCUGGGCGGCAGAAGCCUCAGCUGCUUCCCUGUGUCCAUGUCUCUCCUGGCUUCCUACAUUUCGGCGAUCAUUGUGCUUGGAGGACCCUCCGAGGCCUACUACCACAGCGUCCAGUGGUGGGUCGUCUGCCUGAGUCAAGUCGCUCUUCCAGUGGUCGCCGGGGUCUUCAUGCCCGUUUUCUAUGAACUUAGAUUAACAUCCAUCUACGAGUACCUGGAGCUGCGUUACUGCUCCCGCGCCGUCCGCUACGUCGCCUCCGGAAUGUUCGUCAUCCAGGCGGUCCUAUACCAAGCGGUGGUGAUCUACGCCCCCGCACUCGCCCUCGCCUCCAUCAGUGACUUCCCGCUGUGGGUCUCCGUGGUUUCCGUUGGACUCAUCGCGUCUUUCUAUACUGCUAUUGGUGGUCUUAAGGCGGUAAUAUGGACAGACGUAUUGCAAUUGUUCGUCCUCAUCGCAGGCUUAAUCUGCAUCAUCUUCAAGGGCGUCUUUGACCUGGGUGGCUUUUCAUACAUCUGGGACACAGCUGUUCGCCACGGCCGCGCGGGCUCGCAAAUAUUUACGUACGGUUACCACCCAAUGGAAAGGCACACCGUAGCCAAUAUCGUGAUUGGUGGCUUCGUGGGUAAGUUAUAUGGGUAUGCAUGCGCGCAGACGGCAGUGCAGCGGUAUUCUAGUAUGAAGAGCCUCACCCACGCCCAUCUGUCUAUAUAUCUGCUAAUUCCCUUCUACACGCUAAUCGUCUCUCUUACCAUGAUAGCAGGGCUUGUGAUGUUCGCGACGUACGAGGGCUGUGACCCCCUGGCGGCCGGACUCAUCACCAAGAAGGACCAGAUCCUGCCCUUCUACGUCAUGGAUCGCCUCAGCUCCAUCCCGGGGCUGUCGGGUCUCUUCGUGGCCUGCAUCUUCUCCGGGUCUCUUAGCACCAUUUCCUCUGGCGUGAAUUCCCAAGCAGCCGUCACCUGGGAAGACGUUUUCUCGCGAAGGCCCGGAUGCGCAAACCUCUCCAAGACGACGCAAGCUUGGAUCACCAAGUUCUUCGCCCUUGGUUACGGCAUCCUAGCCACCGGUCUAGCCUUCCUGGGAGACCACCUGAGCGGUGUUCUCCAAGGAACCAUCGCCAUCACCUCCUCCGUGUCAGGCCCCAUACUGGCUGUCUACGUCAUGGGUUUGUUCUUGCCUUCAACCAAUGCGAAGGGAGCAAUUGCAGCGCUGAUAACAGGAACGAUAAUCUCGCUAGUCAUUGGCCUCGGUCCCAUUGUUCUUGACAUGAAUCCCGAGCUUCUGCCGACCUCCACUGACCUCUGCCCUGCUAACCUCACUCUCCCGACACCCGGUAGUGACGCCAUAAGUGUCUCAGAACUUCCUUAUCCUCAGAAACUUCUAGGUCUGUCCUAUACACAAAUUGCCCCAUUAGGCUUUGCUGUUGCUUUUGCUGUUGGCAUCUUCACUAGCUUCAUAACAGGUGGAUCCAAAGGCCUGCAGGUGGAGAGGAGGCUGGUACACCCAUGGAUAAGAUGGAGCCUCCAUGAUCCCAGUAAAAUUAAUGCUAAAUCAAGGCUCAUUCCCAUGACAAAUUAACUUUACCAUAAAUUACAGCCAAUGUGA